UAAGUGUUUCACCCCCUUCUAUAAGAGGGAAUUUGCAGAGGAUUUUGUAGAUUUGGGUGAAGCAAAGAAACAAGGUAAGAAACCUCUAGAUUGUAAAACUAGAGCCCUGUAGCCUUUUAGUGCCAUUCCUAAAGAACACUUCUACCUCCAGGCAGAAUCUGUCAUGAAUGGCAUAAAUCUCUUUCCAUGAGGGAGAAGCGGACGUGCGUUCCGAUAUUUUCCUUAAUUUUGAGCUCUGAUCUACAGCCCUGUAGUUUGAGAGUCUGCCCCGUCUUUUCUAGUCACGGAGGGUCUGGCAAGUGUAAACCUGGUCUCGACUGCUCUUUCCCAUGAUUUAAUAUUUGAUUGCGGACAUGGCAAACGUUGUGUUAUUGUACGGUAGGCGUGCGUGGUAUUUUGCAAGCCCACUUGAAAGCAAGGUCUCCUGAAGUGUUUUCUAAACUGUACUGAGUUGUUUGUUCGAUCCGCAUUAUCGCUGCAAAAUGAAAAGGUGAUUUCCUUGAAUGUAGGCUUUGCCAUUCUUCCAUGUAGAAGUGUACUGAAGCACACAUGCUCACGUAGUCUGCAGGCAUGUAACACGCUCCUUUGCUACCUCUUUUAGCCAAGGAUAGAUCGCUCAGCCUUGCUGACAUGAGCAGUCAUCUCUGUUUCAGUGAGACCACAGGCUACAGGAUUAGGGUUGCUGGUCGCCCGUUAAGCCCCAGAUGAGCUCUGGCAUUAUUCUGACAGUGUCUAAUUCUCCGUUGCCUUGCUUUUUAUGUAGCGCUCUUUUGCAAAGCGAGUGUAAAAUGCAACAGUUAUGAUUUGCUGGCAUUUUGCACUGGGGAAAUUUGAAUGCAAAAGGACUAUGCAAGGUGCAGCACAAUGGAGAUUCAAGCCUGGGAUCUCUAUGCAAAAAACCCCCCUUAAUUGUGUUCCACCAAUAUUGAAUAAAAAACCCAAAAAGGUGCAGGGAUUGCAGCUAGUUAUGUACUCCACCAGCUCUUUGCACUCACCCAGAGGUGUCUCGUACUUAACCUGGCCCCUGAGAGAGCAAUACAUGGAAAUCCUUCACAUUAAACAUGAAGUUUAAUAUUAUUUUAAAUUUUCAUUUGUUUCAGCUUUGCAGCUUCAUUUGAUUAAAAGGGAAUGAAGGUUGUUUUGUCAGUCGGGUUUGUUGACAAAAAAUGUAUUUAGAUCCGCCCUCCCUUUCUGCUAAUUAUAUAAGUUGUAAUAUAUUCAAGAGCAAAUAAACAGAAUGGCACAUCUGUGUCUAGAUGCGGUGCCAGCCUGGAGCUUUCCUGAACACAAACAUCCUAAAGAGAGGUUUUCAAACAGAUUUUAUCAUUCCUUUAAAGCAAGUAAGGCUGAUUGCAAGAUUUCUAUUAAAGAAACUAUCUGCUGUAUACUUGGAUGUAAGAUAGAAUUGCACUUAUUUUUCCUGCAACACGAUUGUGCUGUAAAUUAGAUAUAUUUUUCCCAGUGGAGAUUUUAACAAAGUCCAGCUGGUAACUUCAUUAGAUAGGAGGCACAACAACAUAUUUAAGAGGAUAAGAAAGCAGAUCUCCUUAUGAUUAGCUUAUGUCAAAGAUCAGCCAAAUGGCUUUUAGAUAUGUCACAGCCUUUAUUACCUUAAGUAUCUAAAGAACAGUGCAGGCUGAGCAAAUGCAUACUUGUGUUUGUGGGAAGCUUGCACAGUCAAGGAAACAUUAAAAAAAAAAGUAAUUUCAGUUUUAGUAUUGCAUGUAUUUAGUCUCACCUCCCAGAUGGAAGCCUCUGAUGUAGUGUUAAAUCACACGCAUAUAGUAAAGGAAUGUCGAAUAAGCUUAGCAACAUAAAUCUUUGCUGGUUCAUAAGUUUAAUCCAGCUGCAUCCUCAAAAUUGUCCUACUGCACCGGCCCAGCCUUGAUUAAAUCCUGACUUGGGUUUAGGGCUGCUAAAAAAAUCUUGUUUUUGUUGGGGGUUUUUUUUGUUAAAUAACUCGGAAAACAAAAAGAGAAAGCAGUAUUAAAUGCCAUUCAAAAGUGUUUAUUGGGGUGGGUCACAGAAUUCGGUUCAUCUGCGUAAAAGAGGCGUUCCGGUAUAAUAAUACGUUACUUCUGAUGCAUUAGUAAUUUCCAGGUGCCUCGCACAGGGAGAACUGCACUGCACAUAUGGAAAACAAAUGCAGAGAGCUGGUGGGACCUGCCUGACGUUACUCAGCAGGCCAGUGACAGCUGAGAAUAAAUGUCAGGCCUCUUCUGUCCCAGUCCCGUGUUCCGUUCUGUAGACUACUUUGACUCAUGCUGCGAGAGUACCCCUGGUUUUGCUGAACUAGGGCUCUGUUGCCGCAAGCAGUCGAAACCAGAACCUCCACGCUAGAACGGCGUCACCUCCAUUUCUUCAUCCAAGCAAGAACCGACACUUCAAAGGCUGGAGUUGCCCGAGCUGCUGCCUGACUUUGACCAAGGAGACGUUUUAAACAUAUGCUUCCCCUCUACCCAGUUACCGAGCCAAGUGAUUUGUUAUGAUGGAUCUCACAUGGACAUGCAGGAGGCCUUUUCAGCAGAACUUGGCCUAAACUAAGAGCUCACUAAGGAAGACAAGAAGCAAAAGAUGACAAACGAGCCCAUUAAAGAGCUGCUGGGAGCUCCCAAGUAUCGUGAACCCGUCACAAUGGAGAAGAGCAAUAACAAUGAAUGCGUGGUAACCACGGUCCCCUUGGUCAGCGAAUGCCAGCUGACAGCAGCAACGGGAGGGGCAGAGCUCUCUUGCUACCGGUGCACUAUCCCCUUUGGGGUGGUCAUCCUUAUAGCAGGGGUGGUGGUCACCGUCGUGGCAUACAGCUUCAAUUCCCAUGGAUCCGUCAUCUCAGUGUUUGGACUGGUCCUUUUGUCCUCAGGACUGCUUCUCCUGGCUUCUAGUGCCGUGUGCUGGAAAGUCAGGCAAAGAAAUAAGAAAGCAAAGAGACGGGAGAGUCAAACGGCACUUGUGGCGAAUCAGAGAACCUUGUUCGGUUAAAGACGACCAGGAAAAUCCCGGAGAGGAGAGAUCUCUUGUGUGUCUGUCUGACUAUUUAUUCAUGAGUUGGUCUGAGGGAUUAUGCUUCACAAUGGAAAUAGAUGGGAUGGAUUGAGAGAGAGACUCUAGGAGCAUCUCUGGAAUUGGUUGAUAUGACUGAAUGAUAUUUCUUGCCAAGACAGGGAAAGAAAAAAAUUCUCUUCUCCACCCCCCCCCAACCAAUUCAUGGAAAAUGAUUUCAUUGUAAUGGCAGUCCAGAGCUGUAGUCAGCGCUCUGAGGAUAGGGGAGAAAGCGGGGCCCUGUUAAAAUGAAGAAAACAAUCUGAACUGACCUGAUGGGACAAAACCUGCUUAAAAAUAAUGCAUGCUUGUGAGGGGUGGACUGAGAGAGGAGCUGUAGCAGUUGAACAGAUUACCAUCGCACAUCUGGCCAGAUUGCCUUUGAUUUAUAUUGUUCCCUGAAACAACAAACAAGCAAACAAAAACUGUGAUUGCUUCAUAAACUGAUUCUUGGAUCUCGGGACAUAUUUUGAGUUUGUUCCAGUGAUUUUAUCUGUGGUACUUUUAUUUCCUCUUUUAAACAGACAGUAAUAUUAACUUGUUUUACUAUUGACUAGAUGUAGGUAGCUAUUCAUAAUAUUUGUCCAACAUAAAUAACAAGGUAUGAGUAUAGCUUAAAAAAAGAAAGUGAGACUUUUUUUUUUGUAAAUUAAAGUGGUUGGAUUUAGCACUUUUGAGGAUUUUGAUAUAAAAAAGUUGUAUAUUUCAUUAAAAUAAUAAACAUUCAGUGCUGCUAGA